AUGACUUCGAAGGCACAGGCUCAGGAGACUGUCGCCUCUUCUGACGGUACUACAGACUACAAACCACUCAGGUCCAGAGCUUACGACAUGAAAAAGCCUCACAUCACUGAGCUACCAAUGACAUGGAGUAAUUGGUACCAGCAUCUGGACUGGUUGAGCAUCUACUUUAUCAUCGUCGUACCCAUCCUUGGCCUCAUUGCAGCCACUCAGACUCCGUUGCGCCUUUACACAGGGAUCUUCGCUGUUAUCUACUAUGUCAUGUGUGGUUCAGGCAUUACAGCUGGAUACCAUCGCCUUUGGGCACAUUCAUGCUACAAAGCAACCCUUCCGCUCAAAAUCUAUCUGGCAGCUGCCGGGGCUGGUGCUGCUCAAGGAAGUAUCAGAUGGUGGUCAAGAGGGCAUCGGGCCCAUCAUCGUUACACAGACACAUCAAAAGAUCCUUACUCUGUUGAGAAAGGCUUCUGGUACAGCCACAUGGGUUGGAUGGUUAUGAAGCAAAAUCCGAAGAGAAUCGGUCGAUCAGACAUCAGCGAUCUGAACGAGGAUCCGGUUGUCGUGUGGCAACACAAACAUUAUAUCAAGUCGGUCCUGACUAUGGCCCUCAUCGUCCCGACUCUUGUUUGUGGUCUGGGAUGGGGCGAUUGGUUUGGCGGGUUUGUGUACGCCGGCAUCCUUCGCACAGCCUUUAUCCAACAGGCGACCUUCUGCGUAAACUCACUAGCUCACUGGCUGGGCGAGCAGCCAUUCGACGAUCGGAACUCACCUCGCGACCACGUUAUCACAGCUCUUGUCACACUCGGCGAAGGAUACCACAAUUUCCACCACGAAUUUCCGUCAGACUAUCGAAACGCCAUCGAAUGGUGGCAGUAUGAUCCCACGAAAUGGAUGAUCUGGUCAUGGAAAAAACUCGGACUCGCCUAUGAUCUUAAGCAAUUCCGACAGAAUGAGAUCGAAAAGGGCCGUCUGCAGCAGCUACAGAAGAAAGUGGAUCAGAAGCGAGCCACGUUGGAUUGGGGCAUUCCCAUCUCACAGCUUCCUGUGUUCAGCUGGGAUGAAUUUGUCGCUCAGGCAAGAAGCAACGGUCAGGCUCUCGUGGCGAUUGGUGGCGUGAUACACGAUAUAGCUCCUUUCAUCAAAGAGCACCCUGGCGGCAAGGCAAUGAUAAUGUCUGCUAUCGGCAAGGAUGCCACCGCGAUAUUCAAUGGUGGUGUAUACCAGCACUCCAACGCAGCUCAUAACUUACUAUCCACUAUGCGGGUCGGCAUCGUUCACGGCGGCGGCGAGGUGGAGAUUUGGAAAAAGACAAGAGCUGAGAAGGGAGCUGAGAAAUGUUUGAGUACCUAUAGCGAAGCGUUGGCGGAUUAG